ACACUGUCGUCUUUGCUCGCAGCAACUCAGCAAAACAUCUGUGAUGUGUGGGGCUGGCAGCCUUGAGCAACCCUGGCCCCGCCCUUUCCCUUUCCCACCAAGAAGAGUUUAAAGAAAAGGUUCCCCUCCUUGAAGGACAGAACCGUAGCACCAUGUGGAGCUUCGGGGUGCUCCUCUUCUGGGGGUGUUGUGUUAUGUGCAACUGGGAGAUGGCCAAGCCGCAGCUAAAAACAGGGGAUGUAAAUGAGUGUGCGGACACCACCACAUGCCCAGCUUAUGCAACCUGCACCAACACCUUGGGGAGCUACUACUGCACUUGCAAACGAGGCUUCCUGUCCAGCAAUGGACAAAGUCAAUUCAGGGACCCAGGAGUGCAAUGCAAAGAUGUUGAUGAAUGUUCUGAGAGCCCCCCACCCUGUGGCCCUAACUCAGUCUGCAAGAACCUGCGUGGGAGGUACCAGUGCAGCUGUCUUCCCGGCUUCUCCUCUCCCACUGGAGACUGGGGCCCGGGGAAGCCAGGCACCUUCUCCUGCUCAGAUGUCGACGAAUGCUUCCAGGACCCAUCAGCAUGUGGCCCCAAUUCAUUCUGCACCAACACCCCAGGCUCCUACAGCUGCAGCUGCACUGCGGGCUUUCAUUCAGAAGCUUCCCAGACCCAUGGCAACUUCAACUGCAAAGAUGUGAAUGAGUGUGCGGACAGCACCGUGUGCCCAGCUUAUGCAACCUGCACCAACACCUUGGGGAGCUACUACUGCACUUGCAAACGAGGCUUCCUGUCCAGCAAUGGACAAAGUCAAUUCAGGGACCCAGGAGUGCAAUGCAAAGAUGUUGAUGAAUGUUCUGAGAGCCCCCCACCCUGUGGCCCUAACUCAGUCUGCAAGAACCUGCGUGGGAGGUACCAGUGCAGCUGUCUUCCCGGCUUCUCCUCUCCCACUGGAGACUGGAGCCCGGGGAAGCCAGGCACCUUCUCCUGCUCAGAUGUCGACGAAUGCUUCCAGGACCCAUCAGCAUGUGGCCCCAAUUCAUUCUGCACCAACACCCCAGGCUCCUACAGCUGCAGCUGCACCGCGGGCUUUCGUCCCCUUCCAGAAGCUUCUCAGACACAUGGCAACUUCAGCUGCAAACGGAUUCCCUUCAAGUGUAAGGAAGACGUGAUACCCCACAAUGAGCGGCUCCAGCAGUGCCACGCAGGGGCAGCCGGGGAGCUGGAGUAUGUCCCCUUUUGUGCAAUGAUGAAUGCCACCUUCCAAGUGCUGGACAAGGUCUGUGAGAACAAAACCGCGGCUGUGUCCCUGCAGAGAACGGCUGAAAGCUUCACCUCUGUGCUGGAGCAGAAGUCCACCUGGACCAAGUUCAGCAGGGAAGAGACGUCAGCCCUGGCCACAGUGCUGCUGGAGAGCGUGGAGAGCACCACGCUGGCGGCUCUUCUGAAGCCCUCAGAGAAUGUCAGUCAGACGGUCCAGACGGUCCAGACGGAGCACUUAGAUAUUGAAAGCAAAGUUAUCACUGAAGAAUGUCAUAUGGAGAAUGUGUCCUUUAACUUGAAAGCCAAAGGGGAUGAGAUGAAGAUCAGGUGUUCUGUAAUCGAGGAAUCAGAAUCCACAGGGUCUGCUGGGGUGGCUUUUAUCUCCUUCGCAAACAUGGAGUCUGUCUUAGAUGAGCGCUUCUUCCAGGACCCUCAGAGCCCCUGGAUCCACUCCAAGCAGAGGCUGAAGAUGAAUUCUCGCAUUGUUGGGGGCAUUAUGACUGGGAAGAAGAAGGACAACCUCUCAGAUCCAGUUAUCUACAUCCUGGAGAACCUUCAGCCGAAGCACAAGUCGGAGAGGCCCAUCUGCGUUUCCUGGAGCACAGAUGUGGGGAAUGGGGGGUGGACACCAUCCGGCUGUGAGGUCCUGGAAGCUUCGGAGAUGCACACGGUCUGCAGCUGUAACCAGCUGGCGAACUUGGCCAUCAUCAUGGCUUCUGGGGAGCUCACGAUGGAGUUCUCCUUGUACAUCAUUAGCCACGUGGGCCUGAGCAUCUCCCUGGUGUGCCUUGCCUUGGCCAUCGCCACCUUCCUGCUGUGCCACACCAUUCGCAGCCGCAACACCUUCCUCCACCUGCACCUCUGCGUGUGUCUCUUCCUGGCCAAGAUUCUCUUCCUCACUGGUAUAGACAAGACCGACAACCAGGUGGGCUGUGCCAUCAUCGCUGGGUGUCUGCACUACCUCUUCCUGGCCUGCUUCUCCUGGAUGCUGGUGGAGGCCGUGAUGCUCUUCCUGAUGGUCAGGAACCUGAAGGUGGUGAAUUACUUCAGCUCCCGCAGUGUCAACAUGCUGCACCUCUGUGCCUUUGGCUAUGGGCUCCCAGGGCUGGUGGUGGCCGUCUCUGCCAGUGUGUACCCACGGGGCUAUGGGAUGCAUAAUCGCUGCUGGCUCAGCAUGGAGGCAGCCUUCAUCUGGAGUUUUCUGGGGCCCGUGUGUGUGAUCAUAAUGAUCAACUCCGUCCUCCUAACUUGGACGCUGUGCAUCCUGAGGCAGAAACUUUCCAGUGUCAACGCUGAGGUCUCCACACUGAAGGACACCAGGUUGCUGACCUUCAAAGCCUUUGCCCAGUUCUUCAUCCUGGGCUGCUCCUGGGUGUUGGGCAUCUUCCAGUUUGGACCCGUGGCAAGCAUCAUGGCGUACCUGUUCACCAUCAUCAACAGCCUGCAGGGAGCCUUCAUCUUCUUCAUCCACUGUCUGCUUAGCCGCCAGGUACGGGAAGAAUACAGGAGAUGGCUCACCGGGAGGACCAAGCCCGGCUCCCAGUCCCAGACCUCGGGGAUCCUGCUGUCCUCCAUGCCCUCCGUGUCCAGGAUGGGUUGACGUCCUUUCCUGCUUUCGAAUACACCGUCACGGAACAGGCUUCGAGAAUUCCAAGUGCCUGCAGGAGCCGGGGCUGCAUGCCCUUCACUGCCUCCUGUAGACAUGCAGGAUCCCACCGGCUCUGAACUCUCUGGGUGGGGUGGGGGGCUGGGGUCUCAUGCUCUGGUGAGAAUCAAGAGUUUCUGCUCCAAAUCACUGUCUCAUCCUCUGCAACUGGCAACUCUCUGUAUCCCCAGAGUUGUUGGAGAUAACGGAUCGCCGUGCAAGGCAUGACCGAGAACAUGUGGCUGCGUUGUUUUUCCCUAUGCUGGUUGGUGCGGGGCUCCCAGCCUGCCCCUCUGCACCUGUCACGUGCCUGGCACAGAGCAGCUUUUAAGAAAUGACUGGUUAUCUGAGUGAGUUACCAUAAGACAAAUGUUCUUCCUGCUUUUAAAGAAAUGAUCAAUAAAAUCUAAUGAAAGUUCUCUGGAA